AUGGAGGCCGCAGCUUCCGUUGUCGGCAUCGCCUCGUUUGGAUUGGGCCUCGCGAAGAGUCUACAGGCUUUUAUCGACAGCGUGAUCGAGGCUGAGGAGACCGUAAUCCUCACCGUAGCAGACGUCAACUCUACUGCAUCGACCCUAAAGGACCUCCAAGACUUCAUUGACCAAGACAAGGCUGCCAGCAAGGAACAGCAUCGCGCAACAGUCUUCAAUACUACCAGUAUCAAAGAGAUCAGCGCUUGCGCUCUGCAGUGUCAGAAGAUCUAUGUCCAGAUCAUCAUUCUCAUUGAGAAGGCAAGCAUGCAUGUCGGCGAAGAUGGGAGUAAAGACACCGGGCCCCAAGCUCCUGCCGCAGACGACCUGAACACGCCCGCGGCAAGGCUAGCGGUCUUUAGCAAGAAUGUCACCAGGCUGGGUCGCAAAAUGAGAUGGCCUUGGCUUGAGCCGCGGAUCAAACGAUGUCAGGAACACCUCGGACGGCUAAAGGCAAGCUUAAUGCUCAGGCUUCUCGUCGUCUCUAUCGCCGAAAGCCGUGCCCGUCCUUCAAUUGCAAAAGUCUUUGGGACAAACGAUGAGAACGAAAUCAGAGACAUAUUCGAGACGCUCCGCAAGAGGAUGACGGAGUUCCGGACGAAGAAGGAUUCACCAAAGAAUCCCCAGAGACAUCCGUCCGGCUCAGAUGGAAAAAUCUAUGCUCGGAAGAGGACAGAGCGGAAGGCCGUCUUCAAGGAAGACUUGACAAGCGCCACUUUCGAGGCUUACCUUAUUUACUCCUAUCCAGCUGACAGCGCAUCACCGCCGCUCACAAAGUUGCCAUUCGGCCAUCGCAGGCUCACCCGGGAGGAAGCAAAGAGCAAAGCAGAUAAAGAAGACAUGGAGAAGGGCAAGGCAGAAUUAGAAGAGGCGAGGGAAACCUUGGAGGCCGAGAAGAUCCGGAUAGAACAAGAAAGGAAUGCUUUGGACAGCAGGAAUCGGGCGCUUAAGCACGCUGAGGAAGCUGUCUUGAAAGGGAUUGAAAAGGGGACUGCUGAGCAGGACCUGAAGAAGCUCUUCGAGGAAGAACGCAAAAAGACGACCGAGGAAGUACGGCCUGAGGAGGCAGCCAAGAAAGCAGCCGGGGACGACAAGGAGCCGAUAAAAUUCAAAGACGCAGUUGGCAGGAAGUUCAACUUCCCGUUCAAUCUGAUUUCGACCUGGCAGGGAAUCGAGGGCCUCAUCAAACAAGCAUUCAUUAACGUGGAUGUGAUUGGUCCGCUCGUGUCGGAGGGACAUUAUGACCUGCUGGACUCUGAAGGACAGGUCAUCCUUCCCGUGGUCUGGGACCGAACAAUCAAGCCUGGCGCAUCAGUGAGCAUGCGCAUGUGGGAAGAUGUGCCCAGACCUCCACAGCCUUUCCCGCCAUUUCCAGGAAGACCUAUGCAAGGGGUGCCGCCACCGCCGGGUAUGGCUCCUGAAAUGGAAAGGAUGUUUUCGCCCAUGCCCCGGCCAGUAUUCAUCCCGCCGCCACCGCCGCCCCGGAGAUCUGCCAGGAGGUCGGCCAUGGUCGACAUAGUGGAGGGCGGUAGGCCCAGGAAGGAUAAGACUCGUCGUGCGAAGAAAACUUUGAGUUUCUUCAGUGGCCCGAAGCCAAGCAAAAAGGGUGGCAACGAUAAGCAUAAAUAUUCAAAACCCAAGAUUGUGGGACCUCGUGAUGAUGACAACUCGGAGGAGGAUCUUCAAAGAGGUCCAACCAUAGACAUUGACGAGAUUCUAGAUCUCGACACAGAGCUGGGUCUGGAUGAUUUGGAGGAAGUGGGGCAAAUGGCUGCAAAGGAUAUUGAUCAGCUUCUCAAAACCUGGACGAACAUUGGAGGAGAAAUGUAA